AAUAUAACUAAAACGUACGAGUGUGUAUAGAUGUGAUGGGUGCGAGAAGCAGCCAGACUGUGGAUCCGGUGGUGAGCCGAAGAUACUCAUCGGAAUCAGAGACGGUGCUGGUGGUGCGGCGACGACCGCAUAUGGUGAACGGAGGAGGGUUCGUAGUGAGCAAUAGCAAACAACAAGUAGUGUUUAGAGUUCAUGGAUGUGGAGUUCUUGGAACCAAAGGCAAGCUUCUAUUGAGAAAUGGUGAUGGUAAUGAUUUGCUUCUCAUCCGCAAAAUGGGAGGAAUAGUGCAGGCACUGAACAUGAUACACAAGAAAUGGGAAGGUUUUGGGUAUGACAAUGAAGGAGCAGAGAGGUUAGUUUUCACCUUGAAAGAUCCAAAAGAUUCAUGUCUGGUUCAAAACAGUUCAAUCAAAAUAUUAGUUCACGGUAAACCGCCGAAGAUAUCAUCAAGUCGCAACAACUAUGUAGAGAUCACAGGCUCUUUCGCAGAGAGAGCUUGUAACAUCAUAAAUUCAGAUGGCAGAACCAUAGCUAAGGUGAGAAUAGAGAAAGAGAUAGAGGAAAUGGUGGGGAACAAGAAGGAUUUGUAUCAUGUAAUUGUCAAACCAAAUGUGGACCAAUCUUUCAUCGUCGGUCUCAUCGCUAUACUCGACUAUAUUCAUGGCGAAUCUACCAUCUGCUAAAUCUACUUAUCACUCUAUCUAUGUCACAGAACUGAUAUAUUAAACCAUCAUAACAUGU